AGAGCUGUCGGUGGCAUUAACCUCAGCAGACUGAGAGUCACACAUACAAACAAGAAAGAGAAGAGACAUCAGGCAGCGGAGGCAAACAGAAGAAUAUCAUCGAGCAGCUCAAGACUUCAGACGACUUGGAGGUUUAAGGAGUUUUGUUUGACUUGAGCAAAACUUGAAGUAGGAAAAAGCAAGGAAAGACACUUUUGAGACCAGCACAGGUUGUCACACUUUCUUGCAACUAAUUUCCUACCAAUUUUGGGCUUCUUCUCCACCAAUGGCUGCAGUGCGUCAGAUGGUUAUGGAGGCCUCUGGCUUCCACGUCCUGCCAGCUCACCUUAUGGCCUCGGCCAUGGAGGAGUUCCCCCAGCAGCUUCCUGUCCCCAAGGGCCCAGCGAGGGGCAAGAGCCGCUCCCGGAGACCCCGUGAGGCCCGCUUCAAAACACAACCUGUCACCUUUGCUGAGAUUGCGGAGGUGGAGGAAGAGGGUUCCUCCCCCCUGGAGGAGGAGAGGGCACGCCGGUCCUUCCUGCAGUCGUUGGAGAACCUUAGGCGGAGCACACAGACCCUCCACUGCCCGCCAUCUGCCCAUCACAGCUGCACCCCUACUCCUACACAGGCCAGCAUGGACUCCAGUGACUCCGACUCCACCCACUGAGAUGUGGUGGUCCAUGUUCCUCCCUUUCACCUUGACGCCGCUUCAAAGGAGGCCAACUGAACUGAACCAAACUGGCCUGUCUAGCAGCCUGCAGUAAGCUGCUGCUGCUGCUGCUGCUGCUGCUGCUGCCUGCAUUUAUUAUAUACUAACAUAUCAACAUACAGUAUGCACAUCUGUAAAGAUACCUGUGCCACAGACUGGUUAAACUGCUGUAUAGAUAUGAUGAGUCAGAGAGUAGCAGGUGACGCUGUGUUGAACACACUCUUCAAAUGUAUUCCUUUUCUACUGUAGACGUCUACAAGGAAAACUUGAAUGAUGAAAGCUGGUUGAGAUCUUUUUCCAUUUUAAAGAUGUAUAGGUAUUUUUGUUUCAAUCCAGAUUUUUCUACUUGACAGGUCACUAUAGAGAGGAGUGCUCGGUUAGUAUUAUGACUUUCGACACGGUAAAUACUUUGACUAAGCAAUGUAAGCAAUUGGGAGUGACCCGUCUGUCACUGAAGCAGUAGAGAACACAAAGCUUUUUCAGGAGUUCAAGCUCUUGCUUUCCACAGUGAUUGAACUGUCUGCUGUCCACAGAGCAAACACAAUGCCUUUCUAAAUGUCUUUAUUUAUUCUCUUGUUUUGUUCAUAACCAAGUGGAGUUGUAGAUGUGAUACUUUAUUGCUCUUACUGACUUCUAAAGUCUCCUCGACUUUCAAAGAAAAUCAUAACCUUUAUACUUUAUUUUUAUUUUACUUUAUACAUGUAUGUUUCAAUGUUUGGUAUCUGUACUUUAAUAAAUAUUUUCAAGUAUAUUGA